AUGGAGCGCAAAGGGGGGACGGUUUUCCUCUUGGUUUGCUGCGCAGUCCUCGUGACAUCUCUGAAAAUUAAGAGCGAGUCCCAAAUCAGACAAUGUGGAAGAAAACUGAUGAAAGCGUGUAUGGAGAAUGGACACCAAACACUGGACAUGGAUGAGCUGGCUACAGCGUUGGGAAGUGAUGUCCUCACAGAGGAGCGGGACUCUGCCAGCUCCCCAACCUCCCUCCUGUCCAUGGUGGAAGCUGUCCUGGGAUCCAUCUCCUCCACUGACUCCUUAAGCUCUUUUGACAAAAAAAGGGGGUCAAAACUCGGCAACAUCAGUUUGGCAGGAAUGAUCCAGAAGAUGAAAAAUGUUUCGCCGACCGAUGCUUGUGCAGUGGGGGCAGUGGCCGCCCCAGUCGCCUGGGACACACUGGGAAAUAUGGAGAAAGAUGAUAUGGAUUCAGAAGAAUAUUUAACACUUCUGUCAGCUUCCAAAACGGCGCUGAAAACAUGUCAUCAAAAACUAAACCUCCCAAAAAUAAUCAAGAAGUCGCAUCUGACAAUGUUGAUGGUUACGCUGGACGAUGUGUAUCAAGAGAGUUCUGAGAAGAUGAAGGGUAAGGUGGCGGCCUGGUACAAGAAGAAAAGUAAAGAAACAUACUUCAACUGCAGCAGUGACCCAUCCACAGACUCAGUCAGGUGUAAUAACUCUGUUGCAUGGCUGACAUGUCCGGUCCUCCUGGAGCUCGGGCCGUAUCUGUCUGAACUAUCAAUAGAUGACAUUGACCACGCUCCAAAUGAAGAGUUGUGUGAUUGCUUCAAGUCUCCCCAAUUCAAGCAGGCCAUCAUGAAAAUGGUCAAGAUGAGGCCCAGCCGGUCUGUGCGACUUUACAACAAAAUAAAAGGCUGCUUUAGUGACGAGAAGGAAUUGUCCUUAAAUUUGCAAAGUUUAGGCCCCAUGGCAUGUCAUUUCAAGCCCUCUCUCCAGCUGACAUCCACCAACAGCAUUGUUGUCCUAUCGGCACUGUCUCGUUGUGAUAACCCUGGGGUGACAAAGAUGAAGAGGAGUCUGGUGCAGAGUGCCACUGCAAACAUGCGGGGUAAUGAGCUUGAGGUCUUUCGUCAGCUGGGCCGAGAAGCUCCAGUCAAAAUACUUUCCGUCUUAAAGAGUGACGACGUAAGGAGCCUGAUAAAGAACUACAGUAUCGAGCUGUCAGAGAAGCAAAAGCGUUUUAUGGUUAAGAUGGUGCUGGGGGACAAAAAGUGCGGAGUGCCUUCGAGACAGGAUCUGAAAGACCUCUCAAGAUUUGCAAGCCUGCUGCCGAAUUGUAUCAUCAAAAAAAUGAAUUCGUCGAUAGUAGAUUUGGAGGUUAUCAGAAACAUGUCUGGGAAAUUAAAGAAGUCUCAGAAGAUAGCUUUACUAAAAACUAUGAGUGAGAUGCCCGUCGAGAAGAUGAUAGACUAUCCUAAACUGGUUACGAUACUCCCCCUGCAUAAACUGAGAAACCUUAAGGACAUCUCUUGGGGAAAAGCCACAGAGAUAGAAUGGCGCAUUUCACAGGCUAUGUGGAUCACACAGAAUAUGAUACCAAAGUAUCCGCAAUGGUACAAAAUCAUUAAAAACCUCCUUCCGGGCGUCGUCUGUCCCAUGAUUGAAAACGUCUCAAAAUCAGAUGUUCCAGAAAUGGCUCAAAUUUUGGCUGAUGCUCCACAGCAGCUUUCUAAUGCGCAGAUCAGAUGCACUGCACAGACACUCUUCAAAAGUCUGGAAUCAGAAAGACCAGACUUCUUCCAAACCAUAACAGAGGAGGAGAUGAGGAAUAUCCCUUCUCUCCAUCUUAUUCAUCUGUCUGCUGAAAAGGUGAAGGACUUGCCUAAUUCUGUGUGCCUCGUCUUCCUUGAUAAGAUGGAAGAAGCAAACCUCAGUGCCCUGCCCCAGCUUUCACCUUCUCGCUCAGCUCUCACAGAGAGGGCUCUCAAGUGUCUGGGGGCAGAUCCAUCCAAGUUCACCAGUGAGAAUAUGUACCAACUUGGGCCGCUGCUGUGUGAAGUGGCGCCCGCAACACUGCGUCUCCUCAGUGCGGACGUGCUCAGGACCUCUCUUCAGUACAUGGCAACAUGUGACUACAUCCCCCCCAUGCACCAUGAAGGUCUAGUCCAAUUACUAAAUGAGACCAUUGGGGAUUCAUCAAACUGGUCGGCUGCCGAUGUUGAAGAUUUCGGCCACCUCCUUUUACUAAUUGAGGCCAAAUUUAGUUUUUCUAAUAAGCCUGGGAUGAAAAAUGCCGUCUCUUAUCUCAUUAAGACACACAAAAAUGUUCCUGAAUUUCUAAAGGAAAUGUUAUUCAACUGGAGUGUUACUAACUCAUUUUCUGGAGCUCGAAGAAAGAGAGAAGCCAACAGUAAUGGAAAUGGCAACAACAAGCCGGCCGACAGCACAAACACCACUACAGUUCCCACUGUGGAUCUGAUCACAGAACUGGGAGCAGGGAAUGUGUUCUGGACCCCGCCUCAGCUGGAAAACAUGACCAUGGACACUUUUACAGAGACGGUGACAAUCCUGGGAGCUGUGACCGGCUACAGCCCACAGCAGCUGGAGGUGCUCAGCAAAAAGGCCACAGAGGCCUGGAAUUCCACUGCCAGUAUGACUGAGACUGAGGUGUCUGCGCUGGGAUGUAUCGCUCAAGGAUUCACCGAUCAGGAGCUGAUGAAGAUGGCCUUCUCCCUCAGCUCUCUGGAAGACAUCGCAACAUGUGGCUGGAACUCUUCACAGAUCACAGCUGUUUGGGAAGGAGCCGCGCAGCACAACAAUCUCUCUGCUGAGACCCUGGCCGCCUCAGACCUGGUGGCUCUGGACCGGUUCCUCUGUGGACUGAGCAGCGCCGACAUCCAAAAGCUCAACACCGGCGCCUUCACGGAGGCUGUGGCUGCGAUGCAGGGACUCCGGUGCUCUGUGGAAGUGACGCAGCAGUUCAAGAGCCUCACGUUGGAGGCGUUUGGAGCCCCUGCCACCUGGACGGCAGCUGAAGUCUCUGACCUGGGCAAUUUCAUCAUUGGCCUGAAUCAAACAGAAUUUGUCUCUUUGAACGUCUCGGUCUUCCAACACAUUAGCAAGGACAUCAUCCCACUCAUCCCUCCAAAGAACUUUGCAGUUCUCUCCGUGGAGCAGGUCCUGGCACUUGGCCCUAAAAACGCUGCCAUGAUAACCGACGCGCAAAAGUCCAGCAUGCCGAAGGUGCUUCAGGACGCUCUCACCGCGGCCUUGAAGGACAACGCUCGCGAAGAGACCCUUCAAAUCAAUAACUCCAAAGCGCCCUCUCUGGUGGCUAGUGUCACUGCACCACUGCUGGUUCUUCUGGUGCUCGUGCUUCAGUGA